AUGCAUACUUUAUUGACUGCCGUUGGCAAGUCAAAGUUAAAAGUAACCUUCUUUGAAACCCCUUGUGCAAUAUGGAAUACAACUGGUGUAACCAUUGCCGGUACAGGCGUCCCUGGCAAUAGUGCUCGACAACUUUCUUUUCCUCAAAACAUUUUCAUUCGUGAUAAAACAAAACGAUUGUAUGUAUCGGAUACGUUUAAUAAUCGUAUUAAAAUAUUUCCACUUGAUCGAUCAACUACAACAGUAGCUGGUGAAACAGGUCAGAAAGGACCACGAGCAGAUCAUCUUAAUGAGCCUCAAGGUAUCUGUGCAGAUUUAACUACACAGACCGUUUAUAUGACUGAUCUAAUAAAUCACCGAGUACAAAAAUGGCCAAAAGAUGCUGAAGAAGAUGUGAGUGUAGCUGGAUCGAGUGAUGGUGAUCCAGGGUCGGAUGCUAAAUCAUUAGAUAGCCCCUAUGGUUUACGUGUUGAUGAAGAAACUAAAAUUUUUUAUGUAGUUGAUCUAUUAAACCAUCAAACUCAACGAUGGAAACAUGGUGAAAACGAAGGUGACACUAUUGCCGGUGGUAAUGAUAUGUAG